CCACGCACGCUGGCGUGACGAUUCGUCAGGCGGAAGUUGUUUUGAUUGCGGAAGUGUACGGAUGCUGUAGACGCAGCCCUCUGAAGCUACCUGGUCUGAGCCUGUAAUUUGACCGUGUUUUGAUCUAGCUACAUGUAGGCCUCGGCGAACUUCAGCUUACAGCUCGAUCAGUGUUCCAGGUUGAGCUGUCAUGAUGGCAGACCACACCGACAUCAGUCUGCAGCCGGAGGAGCGGGUCCGCGCUCUCACCAAAAAGGGAAGCUCAGUGGAAGUUAAUGACGAUGUGCCUCCUCGCCGCUACUUCCGCUCUGGCAUGGAGAUGAUCCGCAUGGCUAACAUCUACACAGAGGAGGGCAACAUCGAGCACGCCUUCGUCCUUUACAACAAAUAUAUCACGCUUUUUAUAGAAAAACUUCCCAAGCAUCGAGAUUACAAGACCGCUAACAUUCCUGAGAAGAAGGACACACUAAAAAAACUAAAGGAUGUUGCCUUUCCUCAAGCAGAGAUUCUGAAAAAAGCUCUAUUGAGGAGAUUUGACCAAGAAUAUGCACAGUAUCUUGUCAAAAAGAAAGCGGAGGAGGAGGUCCUGGCGCGGGAGCAGUCUAGGCAGCGAGCGCUGGACGCCGAGCGGGAACGAGUGGCCGAGAUGCAGCGGCGGCAGCGGGAGCAGGAGCAGUUCAGUGCCUUUGAGGAGAUGAUCCGCCGCCAGGAGCUGGAGAAGGAACGCCAGCGUGUGCUGUUGGAGUUUGCCACACCGUCCGCACCAUCCCCUGACACACCCCUCAUUCCAGGUAUCCAGGGCCCCUCUGUCAUCUCCCCUACUGCCCCGCAGAGCCCAGGAGACCUGUCCGGUGGCAACAACCACCAAUAUAAUCGCCCUCCUGCGACCAUCGGCACACCUGCUACCGCCCCCCCAGUCUUUGACCGGUCUCUCAAGCCCGGGUCUAUGGUCAGCCCAGGGAACAACAAUACAAUGGUGGAUGCCCUUCGGCAGUUGGCUGUCCCUGCUGAGCUGUGCCAGAGCUUUCUGAGACUGGCUGAGGCCAACACAAGCCGUUCUGUAGAAACUUGUGGCAUCCUGUGUGGCAAACUGACCAGAAAUGCAUUUACCAUUACCCACGUCAUCAUACCAAAACAGUGUGGUGGACCAGACUAUUGUGACACAGAAAAUGAGGAGGAACUCUUCCUUAUACAGGACCAGUACGAUCUCAUCACCCUGGGCUGGAUACAUACUCACCCCACACAGACGGCAUUCCUGUCCAGCGUCGACCUCCACACACACUGCUCCUACCAGAUGAUGCUGCCAGAGGCAAUUGCUAUCGUCUGCUCACCUAAAUUCAACGAAACCGGCUAUUUCAGGUUGACGGAUCGAGGAACAGAGGAGAUCUCCACGUGUAAACAGAAAGGCUUUCACCCUCACAGCAAAGAGCCCCCUCUAUUUACACAUGCAGGACAUGCCAUCAUCACUAAUGACACUGUGACGAUGGUGGAUUUGCGGUGAUUUUUUUUCUUUUCCAACAGAACAUUCAUAGACUGUUUUAUCAAACUGAAGACAUUUUACUGGAAGAAACACUCAUUUUAUUUUCAGGACGGUACUGAGCAAGAAGCAACACCGGCCACGAGUUUAGCAUUUAUAUGGAUUUCAAUUGUUCCCAAAGGGAACAACAUUGUGAAACUUUUUUUUUCGCUCUUUAUGAAAAAUGCCACAUAUUAUUGCACUUUCUAAGCAAACAACUACUACCCGCUUAAUGGACUGGCAAUGCCCUGACUCUUCAACCCCUCUGUUUUUGUCAGUAUAUGCUCCAGCUCCUUACUGUUCCACUUUUUUGCCAUUAAUAAAAAAAUGUAUGUUUGUCAGUGACUGAUAAGUGUCUGGAAACUCAACCAUUGUUUCUUAAAUGUCAUCAAAGUUUGGUUCUGCCUGACAGAUAAAGUGCCAAGGAUGAGAACAUUCA